AUGAUGUUCAAGAGAUCAUCAACUACACCAGUUAAACCUAUGAUUAAUUUGGAAGAUCCUUUAUUACAUUAUCAACCUUAUCAACCAUCAUUACGGUCUGGUCCAUUAUCCUCACCUGUCAUUUUGCCUUUUGAUAUUGGAACAACAAUUGAUAAUCCUAAAGAUGGUACUUCCUUUGAAUUUAUCCGACCACUUGGCAAUGGUUCUUAUGCUGUAGUGUAUAUGGUGCGCGAGAAAUCAACUAAUAAAUAUUACGCACUUAAAUGUUUAUCAAAGUUAAAUUUAUCAUCAUAUCACUUGGAUGUUCAACGUAAUGAGGUUCACAUUCAUAAAAAGUUGGAACAUCCUAAUAUAGUUAAGCUUGAUCAUUAUUUUGAAACUCCUGAUUGGCUUUUCUUAGUACUUGAAUAUUGUGAAGGUCAAGACUUAUAUUAUUGGUUAACUCAAAAUAAUGACAGCAGAGAUCCAAAAACAGGGAAGCAAUUAUCUGAAAUGGAACGAUUAAAAAUAGUUCAACAAGUUUUCAUACAGAUAUUAAAUGCAGUUGAUUAUUGUCAUAGUCAAGUAAAAUUGACAGAUUUUGGAUUGGCCACUGAUGAAAAAAAAUCUGAGGAUUUUGAUUGUGGAUCAAAGCCAUACAUGAGUUAUGAAUGUCGAAAUCCAAUUCAUAAAACUUAUAAUACAUAUCUCGCUGAUAUAUGGUCAAUUGGCAUCAUCUUUCUCAAUUUGAUUUAUCAUCGAUCGCCAUGGUCUGAUCCAAACCCUAAACAAUGCAAAUCAUUCGCUGCAUUUGAAGAAGACAAACCCGGUUUCUUGAUGCACCGUUUUGCAAGUAUGCCAGGAAAGGUUGCUUACUUCCUAGCCGAACAUGUUUUUUGUAAUGCUGAAGAAGGUCGUGUUACUGUAAAAGAAUGGAUUAAUUGGUGCAAUAAUCUGGUAGAAAAAAUGUUACCUGAGGAAGGAAAUGUGGAAAGGUCUUCACCUGAUUUGUCGUCUUUAAUUUCCAGACAAAUUUCUCCUAUCUGUAAACAGGAUAAACAGGAUGAACAUGAUUCGUGGUCAGAAGUGUUUGGGGAAUUUGAUAAUGAAAUGGAUUUCACUGCUCCUGUAUUAUUCAUUGACAAACAUCCUAAUGACGAUUCUUUGAAUAUAUCAAAUUCCACUAAAUUAGAAAAAGAUAUCAAAAUUAGAGAGAAGUCAGAUGAGUCGAAGGUUGCCAAUAAAGAAAAAGAUGAAAAAGAUGAUGAAGUAAUAGCUAAUAAUAGUGAUGCUGAUUCUGGAUUUGGUACUGAUGAAGAUAUCAAUAGUAUUACGAAGAAAGUAUCAGAUCUUAAAAAUGUGGAUAAUUCCAAUUCUGCUAAAAUAUCUCUGUCUGUAUCUCCACCAAGAGUUAUCUAUUGUAAACCAAAACCAUGGGUCGAACGAAAAACUAGAGGUCAUCAACGCGAGCCAUCAUUGGAAAACAAUUUAACAAGUAAUAAUCAUUGGGAUUCCUAUAAUCAACGUCGUGAACGUUUAGAACGACGCAAACAAGAAUUACAUUCGUCACCUUGGAGUUCUAAUCGGCGUCGUGGAUCGAUUUCAACAGAAAAUGAAACUCUAGUACCUCAACGACAGAUACGGCCACGUCCUUCGUAUUAUAACGAUACCAAAAAAGAAAAAUCGACUUAUGACCCAAAACAUUCACCAGGUGUUUUACCAAAACCUUCCGUGGAAUUGAAUACCAUUAACUCAUCUAGACCACGAGUUUUUUCAAAAUCCUUUGAGAAAACUCCUAAAAAAAUUGCUAAAUCUACAAAGACUCACUUAAGUAAAAUGUUAGCUGGAGUUGUGAUGUUCAACCGUGGAGUUAAAGUUGGUGGGCAAGGCACCAACGAUAUGUGA